AUGAAUUCGGGUGUAAGCAAGUUAAGAGUAGAGAUUAAGAGUAUUGUCAAUCGAGUUGGGAGACUCACCCCUGCUUAUUUAGAUGGUCUUAAAGUUGAGAUUGAAGGAGGGAUUCGUAGUCCGAUUGAAGGACUUGCUCAGGUCAUAGUUCUGGACCCUACUAAGCUUUCGGUGGUGGCUUACGACGCUUCGCAUACUAAAAUGAUUGAACAAGCCUUAUAUGAUUCAUCCCUCAAUCUGACUCCUAAUCUUCAACCUGAUGGAUCAAUUCACUUGGCGAUACCCAAGUUGACGACUGAGAGCCGACAACUCCUUUCUAAAAAAGCCGGUCAAGUUUGUGAACAAGCCAGGAGUGUGAUCAGGAAUUCUAGACAACUGGCUCAAAAAGCGAGUAGGAAAGACCUUGAUGGAAAUCUGAUUACAAAAGAUGACUUUAAAUCUAACAAUAAGGUAUUGGAUGAGAUUACAAAGGCGCAUACUAAAUUAGUUGAUGAGAUUGAGAAUAAAUCAAAACGUGUCUUGCUUGAUCAGUGA